CAGGAGAGACUACUGAUCCCAGCAUUCAAUGCUCCCAGUCGGGCUGAGCGGCCCGUCUCGAGCAUUGCAUGCUGGGCGUCUCGUCUGCACUGCUCGAGACUGGUCCUGAGGUUUUCGGGGUGGCAGCUCGGUGUGUUCCCAUCGCAUCUUGGCAGUAGGACUGCAGAGCGGGGUGCGGUUGCCAGACGGGGUCCUACUGCGUGAGCCCCCCGCAGGCGUGAGCCUGGGGGCUGAGGCGAUGAUCUUUUGCCAUGUGGCUCCGAAGAGCUCGGGGGCGCCACGUGUCUAUAAAAGAUGCAAGAAAAACAAGUUUGUAUGUCUCAAAAUGCCUCAUCUUCUUGCUAAUAGAAGCUGUUUAUUAUGAAAAGUGAAAGAGGAAAACAUCUUUCUGGACAUCUUAAAAGUAGCUUGUGGAGGUGACAAAAAUGCUUUGUUUGAGGAAUAUUUACGCAUUUGCACUGAGACGCUGCCAGUUUCGAACUCUGAGUAGUGACACGUUGCUGAGCCAGUUAAAUAGCUGCACAACUGAAGAUCAGGUCUUUGAUCUUGUUGGAAAGAACAAAGCCAAAUUAUCUGAAAAACACGUUGGAAGUGCAAUUAAUCUACUGUGGAAAUUUCAAAAGGAGAAGUCCCAGCUGUUGAGGAGUAUUGACUAUGUAAAAAAUCAUUCCCAGUUUCUUACUCUUCGCAUUUUAGCUGAAAACAAGAUAGAAUUCAUGGAUAAUGAUCUCUUGGUGGAUACGCUGUACAAUGUAUUGAGGUUCACUGUUGAGGCCCAUGAUUCUCUGGUAGAAGAGCUGGUCAUGGAAGCAUGGAGAAGAUUAGAAAGGUUUAGUCUGCCAACUCUAUCUAAGUUUGCAAUGUGUCUGAAUGAACAACAGAUAUACGCUAGCCCUCUAACUGGCAAAAUAGCUGAUAUUGUGAACAUGAACUUGGAUUCUAUACAGGACACAAGGGUCCUGUCGGUUUUGAUGAUCAAUAUAUCUGGUGUUAUCUCACAGAGUUUUCGAGAACGAUUAAUACAAAAGGCUGAACUUCUGUUGGAAACAGUGAAUUUCAUCCAUUUCAACCAUGCCAGAAGGAUGGUGCAGUUUCUUCGAAAUGUCAGACUAACUUACCGUCCAUUGCUGGAAAAAUGCAAUAAGGUUUUCCUUGAGAAUCCCAGUCAGCUUGAUCUAGAGAACAUCAGUCUUAUCCUUGGACUAUACCAGUCACUACAGUUUAACAACACUGAAUUCCGAUUAGUCAUUAAACAGAAGCUAACUGAAACUAUUGAUGAUUGUAACAAUCCUGUGAGUUUCACAAAAUUAUUUGCUGCUCUAGGGCCUAUGGCAGGACCAGAAGUACGAGAACGGUUAAUAGCAACUGCACUACUAAUGGUGGAAGAAUUUAACUGUCACCAAGCAUUAGUAGUAGUGGAAACGAUGGAAGAAAUGGAAUGUAGAAAUUCACAUCUGAUUCAAAAAAUUGCUUCUCUUCUACAUAAGUACUUGGAUAAGUACAAGCCAGUAGAGUUGGCAAAAAUAACACAAGCCUUGGUGCUCCUGCAUUGCCAAAAUGCAGAGCUUUACACCAAAUUAAGAAGAUUGGUAGUUGGCUAUUUACAAGUUAAUGUUGUACCCAGUGACAUUUCUAUGCUAACUCGUGUUCUGUCCAUGCUUCCUUCUUCUCAAGUGGAUGAAGUAGUGAUUAACAGAGUUGAUGCAAUUUUGCCUCAGUGCAACUUAAGUGAUUUGAAUGCCUUUGCUACAGCUCUUGUCAGAUGGGUUCGUCAUGAUCAGUCACAUCAGCAAAGCACUUCUGGACCAGGUGCGAAGCUUCUGCAAAAAUUAAGUAACUGCGGGCAUCAGAGGCUUCAAAAAGCCAGUGACAUGGAUCUGCUGCUGGAAGAACUUAGAUAUAUAUCUGGAGAAUGGUUUGAAGAAAUACUUGUUGAAGAAACAAUGAAUACUUGUCAGCGCUUGAUGGACCAGAUUACAUGGAUGAACGUACUAGAAUUUUCAUCUUUUUUCGUCAAAACAAACUACCGCUCUACUCCAUUACUUGAUAGAAUAGCUUCUGUGGCAGUUCAACAUAUAAGCAAGAUCCAUCCUUCUGGAACGUAUACUAUUCUCCUCCCCUUCACUAUUAUGAAUUAUGAUCCUCCUCAAAGUGAAGAGUUCUUUGAGACUUGUAUCCAACAUUUUAGCUCUCACUUAGGUUGUUUUGAGCCUCACCUCUUGGUACUGCUUGGUUAUUCCUUGGCUGUUGCUGAAUAUUUUCCUCCAGCCCUGAUAAAUGCAAUAUUUAAUGUUGAUUUCCUAGCCAAACUGGAUGCCCAGCUUGAAACCCUACCAGAUACCUUAAAUUGGAGGGUCCGGUUACGCCUGAUGGAAUUGAACAGAGCCGUGUGUCUGGAAUGCCCUGAGUUUCAGAUCCCUUGGUUUCAUGAGCGCUAUUGUCAGCAGAUACAACGUAAAGGCAAUGGCAGCACAAAUACAGCACAACAGCAGAUUCAUAGAAUGCUGGGGGAGAUCUUGGGAGGAAGCCAGUAUGCCAAAGUGUCUGUUCUCACGCCUUACUACUAUGGAAUAGAUUUUGAAUGCAUUCUGGAUAAAAACAAAAAGCCUCUUCCCUAUAUGGAUCAGAGUAUAGUUUUGGCUGACUUAGUGCAGUGGGGACCAGACAUCCAGCUCCUGGGGAAGAAGGGGCUACCACCGGGAGCACAGAGAAUUGCUGUGGAGUUUCUGGAUUCUAAAGCUUUUUGCAAAAAUUCAUAUCACCUCAAAGGAGACACUGCAAUGAAAAAGAGACACCUGGAAAUUUUGGGGUACCAGGUGGUUCAGAUUCCUCACUUUGAAUGGAAUUCCAUGGAGCUGUCAUCAAAAGAUGCAUGGAUGGAGUAUCUGAAAAAGAAUAUAUUUGAAACAAAUUAAUAUAGAAGAGACAAUCAUGAAUAUAUAUUUUCAUAUAAACAUUUAACUUUAUCAUGUAAUAUUAAAUAUUUUGUAACCUUAA